AUUAUGUAAAUAUCUAAUUAGAUUUACAAAUGUUAAUUUUUGACAGUAAGCAAAAUCUUAUUAUUAUAAAUUCAAUCCAUUAUGUCCAUAUACCUACCAUCAAUGGAGAGGACUUAUAUAGGCUAUAAGCCUGUUGUCCAAUCCUUUUGACAGUGUAACAUUCUUCUAUGUCAAUAAAAUAUGUUGAAAUGAAAAAAAUUGACACACCUUCCAUUUACACCAAGGAGUCUAUGAAAGCGUACAAGUCGCUAGAUGCAUACAUAGACCAGGGGAAGAAAACCAAAAGAAUGGAAAUUUUUCUUUUGAGUAAGUCAAAUGACGACUUCAUUCCGACACAAGUUGAGAUAACCGCCUACAACGCUGUGUGUGGCUAUGGUAAGAUUGAAUACGGAAAUAACUAAAAUUAUAACAAGGCUUCAGAGAAGUCAGUGUCCUCUAGUACUUAACAAAGCAAUGAUACAAAUCUCCUGUGCUAAAAUAUCGUUAUGUCCUUUGUUGAGUCCAUCAAUAUCAACUUCAUCCUUUUAUAAGUAUUUUUGGGGUCUAUGUAUAGGCAUAUUUGGAUUAUAUGUACAAUAUGUCCAGGACGGUCGACGCAUGGCAACUCCAAGACCAACAGCAGGCCGUACAGACGAACAAAACCGGAGGUGCUGACAGAAGUUGGAAAACUGUCAGAAACCAUGGGUCCUCGCAAUGUGUAGGAAAUGAUGCACCACACUAACGACGAUACCGUCAUGCUUCCUAUGUCCAUGCAACAGGUUCGGUACAAAAGGAAACGGGUCCUCGAAGAAGAAACAACAGACUGGAUGCCUUCCAUGUAUAGGAAACUUAACACGUUGCAGCUCUUACCGCCAUUGCGCAAGACCACCCUUUUGUGAAGAAUGUAGUGUUUUCGGAUUCUAAAGUACCAUCUGUUGUGUGUUUUACCACCGACCAAAUCCAGGAUGUUUUUGUCACCUUAAGUGUUUUUAAACACAAAGGUGUUAAGAAAAGACUUACAGAUGACCACCCUCUUUGUCUUCGACCAGUUUUUCUCCAUGGGAACUCUGACUUUGAGACAUACAACAUCUUCUUUGCUAUUCUGAGUGGAAAGUUUAAUGAGCAGGAAGUUUCGCUGAUGACCAUUGGUUCGGAUGAUGAAACUGCAAUUAGGAAAGCAAGUGUCCUUCAGCCUGCAAUACGGUUUGCACUGAAGAACAAUGUCAAGUAUUACCUUGGGAAGCAGGUAUCUACAACAGCCACUGAAAGGAAAACUAUUGUAGAGAUAUUCUUUGGUGUCAACGAUAUAACGGCAUCAGAGGACAUGGAUGUGCUACGAUACCGGGUGGACAAUGCUUUAGCUGAGUGGACCAAAAUGCCCAGAUUCGUGGAGUAUUUCAAGCGGAGACUACUUCCAAUCAUCCAGGAUAAUGUGUGUGUAUCUGAGCAGACACGGCAGAUAACAAAAGCGUGGACAAACAACAACUGCGAGUCCAUCAACCAUGUCCUGAAGGUAAAGACAGACUGGAAGCAGUUAAAACAUGUUAAUGCAAAGUACCAAUAUGUGAAACGGGCCCUAUACAACGAAGGAUCCUUCUACUUGUCUGAAUGCUUUGUUCAUCAUCAAGUCACUCCCGAUGUUUGGUUCAACAAAACUGAAGAAGAAAGAAGUUCAGCCUUCAAGAGGUUCAUGGCAGACAAGGGCAGAAAACCAACAAAUCUGUUGACAUCAAGAGAUGGAUCGUUGACAGUCCCAUUAAAGGCAUCCAAAAGUAAGAAAAUCAACCAAAUUCGUCGGGCUGAAAGAACUACAACACCAAAGCGACAGCGGAAGGCAUAGUGUUCUCGAUAUAUUAUAAGGAUGGACACGUUACUCCAAAAUGCCUUGUUUCGUUUCAACCCCAUUAUUACCAAUGGUAGGCAUAUUUGCAAUAAGCCAUAA